GGUUGUGUCAACUCAUAAUCAUCCAGCUAAGUUUGUUCUUUCUUUGUUUCUUUAUUUCAAGUUUUUAAGUACCAACUCCUCACAGUUCACCGUUGCCUUCUUCUUUCUCCCAACUCCCAACUAUAAUAUCUCAACCACCUCUCUCUCUCUCUCUCUCUCUCUCUCUAUUUCAAUUUCCCACUUUUAACCCAGAAAUGGCCGCUCAGGGAGAAUCUGAAUCCUCGUCAAAGCCUCCACCGCUGCCUGCGGCGGAGCCGGUUGAGGAGCCGUCCAAAGAUGUGGCGGAGGAGAAAUCAAUCAUCCCACGAACCCCACCGGAGGAGAUGGAGAAUCCGGCCGAUCACUCCAAAGCUCUGGCUGUCGUUGAAAAGACUCCAGAAAAAGCAGAGCAGAAAGAGAAAGACAAUGGAGGCUCAAUUAAUAGAGAUGCUGUGCUAGCCAGAGUGGCAACAGAGAAGAGAUUGUCACUCAUCAAAGCUUGGGAAGAGAGUGAAAAAUCAAAGGCAGAGAACAGAGCACACAAAAAGCUAUCAGAAAUUGGGUCAUGGGAGAACAGCAAGAAAGCAGCUGUGGAGGCUGAGCUGAAACAGAUUGAGGAAAAAUUGGAGAAGAAGAAAGCAGAGUAUAUAGAGAAAAUGAAGAACAAAAUAGCUGAGAUCCACAAAUCAGCAGAGGAAAAGAAGGCCAUUAUUGAAGCCAUACGUGGAGAAGACAUGCUCAAGGCAGAGGAAACUGCAGCAAAAUGGAGAGCCACUGGAACUGCUCCAAACAAGCUCCUUGGUUGUUUCUGAAGCAAUUUCUCUCUGUGAAAUUGCUAGUUUGAUUAUUAAUUUAUGUUGAUUAUGGUGGGAUUUGCUUUGUAUACUUGUUUCUUUUGGAUCAUUAUAUAUCUGUAAUUUCUUAAUUUUAGAAUUGGAAGUUAAUGAGGAGAUUAAAGCUGGUUUUUUCUUUGA